AAACGCAAAAAAUCUGAAUUGAUUAUAAUCUGAGGCAUAAUUUGAAUAUGUAUCAAUUUGAGUUAUCUAUUAAUCUUUAAUAGAUAUCUGUAUUUUACUCAAAUAUCAGACAUCACCACAUACAGUGAUUAAUUUUAUCUACUGGUGAAAAUAAAUAAGUAUGGCAUGCAAAAGCAAAAAUAUUUGUAUUGUAGUGUUAGGUGACAUAGGGAGAAGCCCUAGAAUGCAAUACCAUUCUCUGUCUUUAGCAGAUUUGGGGCACAAAGUUGAUAUAUUAGGAUAUGGUGAAACUGAUCCUUUGGACGAAGUCAAGAAGUCUCCUUUAUUAUACUAUCAUUACUUGUUAGCAUGCCCCACUAUUCCGCACAAAUUAACAAACUAUGCUUUCAAAACUAUCUGGCAAAUUUUAAAUUUACUGUUUCUCCUUGUAACUAUUAGAAAACCAGACAUUAUUUUAGUCCAAAAUCCACCUGCAAUACCAGCUCUACUUGUUUGUUGGGUUUUUUCAAAAGUAGUUGGGAGUAAAUUAUACAUUGAUUGGCAUAAUUAUGCCCAUAGCAUUAUGGCACUAAAUCUCUCCAAGGAUAAUAUGUUAGUAAAAAUCACGAAAAGGGUUGAAAUGUUUGUUGGAAGGAAAGCUGACCACAAUUUUUGUGUAACAAAUGCCAUGAAGAAAGAUUUGUGUGAAAACUGGAAUAUAAGUGCAGUAACUUUAUAUGAUAAACCACCAAAAAUAUUUAGAUCAAUUUCUUUGGAGGAAAAGGAUAUUUUUCUGAAAAGGCUUGGAAAACGUUAUAACCAAAUAAUUUCCCGAGAUGGUUCUACAGUUUUUACUGAAAAUACAAAUGAUGGCGUCCGUUUGAAACCUUCCAGACCUGGUUUGUUGGUAUCAAGCACAAGUUGGACAGAAGAUGAAGAUUUCUCAAUUUUAUUUUCUGCUUUACAAGAAUAUGAGGAUCAUAUUGAAAAUGGAAAUCAAAGAAAAUUGGCCCAGCUGAUAUGUUUUAUUACGGGAAAAGGACAUCUGAAAGAGUACUACUGUUCAAAAAUUGCCAAACAAAAUUGGAAAAACGUGUGCGUUAUUACUCCCUGGCUGGAAUCUAAUGAUUAUCCUUUGAUGUUGGCAUCUGCCGAUUUGGGGGUUUGUCUCCAUACAAGCUCCAGCGGAUUGGAUUUGCCAAUGAAAGUUGUUGACAUGUUUGGAUGUGGUCUACCAGUUUGUGCGUAUGAUUUCGAAUGUUUAGAUGAAUUGGUUCAUCAUGGAAUCAAUGGUUACAAAUUCAAAUCUUCAAGAGAUUUAGCAGAACAACUACAAAACUGGUUUGAGUAUUUCCCUAACUCACAAAUUCAGCAAGCGACUGAGAAGAAAUUCAAAGCUGAAUUACAUACAUUCCAAAUGUUACGUUGGCAGGAGAACUGGACUAAAAUUGCUUCAGAAACUUUUGCUUAAUGUUUAUUUAUCAGUGAAUGAAUAAAUGAGUUUUUCCUAAUUA